CGCGAACAAAUGAAACCAAGAGAUCCACAUCGCUCUCUCAAAUCCUCCCUUUGCUUCUCCGCCAUUAUCGCCAUCCUCCUCUCAAGCUUCGCUCUGCUCUACUCCACCACCCUCCUCCUCCCCCCUUCCCCCUCCUCCUCCUCUCCCCUCUCCAACGCCGCCUGCGACCUCUUCUCCGGCCAAUGGAUCAUCUUUCCUCGCCCCGCCCUCUACGACGCUUCCUGCCCCUUUCACCGCAACGCCUGGAACUGCUACCGCAAUGACAGGGACGGUAUGGCCUCCAUCAACGCCUUCUCUUGGCUCCCCAAUGGCUGCGGAGGCUCACCUCUCCCCCCGAUCGACCCGGCCGCGUUUCUCAGCUCGAUGAGGGGCCGGAGGAUAGGUUUUGUUGGUGAUUCAUUGAAUGAGAACUUCUUGGUUGCCUUCCUCUGCGCUCUCCACUCCGCCGAUCCCGGCGCAAGGAAGUGGAAGAGGAAAGGCGCUUGGCGUGGUGGCUAUUUCCCCACAUUCGAUGUCACUGUUGCUUAUCACCGUGCUGUGUUGCUCGCGCGAUAUAGGUGGCAGCCUGUGGAGAAUUCUUCUGCUUCUUUUCAUGAGGAUGGAUUGAAGGGGAUUUAUAGAGUGGAUGUUGAUGUUCCUGCUGAUGAUUGGGUUAAUGUUACCAAUUUCUAUGAUGUGUUAGUGUUCAACACUGGGCACUGGUGGGGUUCUGAUAAAUUUCCAAAAGAAACUCCCCUUGUAUUUUUCAAGGAUGGAAAGCCUAUUGUACCUGCACUUGGAAUAGUUGACGGUCUCAAAGUGGUACUAAAGAGUAUGAUCUCUUACAUCGAGAAGGAAGUUCCUAAAAGAACCCUCAAAUACUGGCGUUCUCAAUCACCAAGACAUUUCCACGGUGGUGAAUGGGAUCACAACGGCAGCUGCUUGUUUACGAAACCCCUCAGUGCAGGAGAGCUUGAUUCAUGGUUUGAUCCUGGAAACAAGGGAGUAAACAAGGAAGCACGAGAAGUGAAUUUUCUUAUCAAAGAAGCAAUUGAUGGAAGGGACAUCCAGUUGCUCAACUUGACACAUAUGAGUGAGUUCAGGGCCGACGCACAUCCAGCGAUCUGGUUAGGGAAGAAGGAUGCAGUGGCGAUAUGGGGUCAGGACUGCAUGCAUUGGUGCCUUCCCGGCGUACCUGAUACAUGGGUUGACAUCUUGGCAACGAAAAUCAUACAUGACUUCGGAGCAGGAUGACUUUUGUUAACGUAUGAGAAUUAUUUGUGAUUCCACACGAAUGAAGAUCAAUUACUGAAGUUCAUAGUGCUGCAUAUCUAUAGGGGUUCACAUUUAUUUUAGCAAUAGAACAUUGCUACUCAUUAAUGACAGGGGUUUGGCACUUGCACCCCUGUAAAUGUGCGUAAUUGUUUGUGUUUUUCCUUUUGUGAAUAUUGCAAUUCCACAUGUAUCCCCAUUGGCAGUGAUUUUGAGUCUUUGAUCCAAUUUGUUCAGAAAAAUACUUGUAGAUGUACUUAUAAAAUCAAUGUUCAAGGAUGUUAAUGAUGACUCCU